AUGAAUUUCCUGUACCGAACUUCGCAGCCUGCGGCACCUGAGUUGCCAAGAAUUUCAGAGCAAGAUGAUCAUGAGGCACUUCCUGGAAGUUGGAAUGAUAUUUCAGAAAUGGUACAGUUGCAGGCUCUGGACCGUUCCUUCCUUGUUCCUGGCGAGCAGGUUCAUAUAGUAGCGUGCCUGUCAGCUUCUAAGCAAGAUACGCAGGUUAUAUCCCCCUUUAGAAUUGCUGCAGUGAUGUCUAAGAAUGGAAAUUCUUUGCAAAACUCUACAAGUAAAUCUAGCCCUGUCAGUGCAAAUGGUCAUGAUAAUGGAGAAGCUGGAGAAAGUGGCUAUCAGGAUGUUGAACUCAAUGGUGAAGGCUGUCCUUCAGAACAUGAUAUUUUGGAGACUCAAUCUCUCCUUCAGAUGGAAGAUCAUAAGCAGCAAAUAGAACAUAUGUUGCAAAGAUUCAGAGAAUCCAAUUUUUUUGUCCGAAUUGCAGAGCCAGACGAACCUCUCUGGUCGAAGAAAAGAGUAACUGCAACUACGACGGCAGAGGACUGGUCAGAUAGCCAGGGAAAUAGUAAGACCUCAAGGAGUAAUGUUUACAAUACCAUUUCUGAUAAAGGGAUUUUUUAUGGUAUCACAUCUGGGGGAGUCGCUCGAGAUACUGUGAAGUGUUAUUCUCUGCAGAAUGGAGACAUAGUGAUUGUUUUGCAAGUGAAUGUUGGGGUUAAAAAACUGGAAGAUCCUGUGCUUGAAGUUCUUCAGUUUGAGAAAAGUACACCAAUUAAUUAUAUGCUUGAUAAUCUUGUGGAUGGACUUUCUGACAGUAAUGAUGAUCCAUGUCGGGAGCUGCUGAGUUGGGUGCUCCCUUUAGAUCGUACAUUACCGCCUCGUUCUUUAGCACCCCCUACUCUCAAUACAAGUGUAUCACACAACUCUUAUUCUGCUCCUGGGUCUCAAAUAUUUAACUUUAGAAGCUACUCCAUGCCUUCACCCUCUUCUGUUCAGACACCGAAUAAUGUAAAACCACCAUCAAUAUCUGAAAGUCAAGAAUUUAUGCAUGAAAAACCUGCAAAAACCCCUGCUAUUAUUAAUGAUGGGCAGCUUUCAUUUAGAGGAGUUCCUUUGGAACCUGAACGGUAUUCUGUACGUUGUGGUCUAGAAGGUGUGUAUCUACUGGGAAAAAGAUGGCGGAGAAAAGUUGAAAUCAUUCAACCGAUCGAGGUUAAUUCUUUUGCUGCAAAAUGUACUUUGGAAAAUCUUCUCUGUGUCUCAGUAAAGAACAUUUCUCCUAUUCAUGCAAAAGAUAUAGUUGUGUUCAUUGAUGCAAUUACUAUCGUAUUUGAGGAGGCAUCCAAAGGAGGUGCCCCUUUGUCAUUACCAAUUGCUAGUAUUGAGGUUGGGCAUGAUCACAACUUACCAAAUCUAGCACUCAGGAGGGGAGAGGAGCACUCUUUUAUUCUCAAGCCAGCAAUCAUGUCCUCAAGGGAACGGAAGACCAACAGUCAUGCACCUCUGGCUUUGUCACUCCCAACAAUGACUGAAUCUACUUUAAAUAAUCAUAUACCAAGGGUUAUUGCAGUAUCUCUUCAAUUAUGUUACAGAAAUUCUCCAUUUAUCACCUUGACUAUGAUAUAUCAUUUCCUUCCAGUUGUAUCCUUAAACUCAGAUCCAGUCACCCCAAAUGGUUCUUUUGAUGGUGUUAAUCAGUCAGCAAAAAGAUCUGGAUUGGGAAAACAUGGAAUCGGCUUUCAAGGAUUGAAUUCUGUCCUAGCUCGAUCUCCAAAAGAAGGUGACAAUGGAGGAAACAGAAUGAGUAAUGCUUCAGGCUGUACUCAUCUGUGGUUGCAGAGUGCAGUGCCCCUAGGGUGUGUUCCUGCACGUUCAAGCACCACUGCCAAACUUGAGCUGCUUCCAUUAACAGAUGGAAUCAUUACAGUUGAUACACUUCAAAUAACUGCAAGUGAGAAAGACCUUGCGUACAUGCCGGAGCACUCCUUGGAGAUACAUGCCACCUCUGUCAUUGUUAUCAGGAAGGUCAUAGGAUAUUUGAGCAUCAAGCAGUGUACUGUUUUGUAUACUGGGGGUCUGAGACAAACCUGUCUGACAAGUGUGAGACCACCAGGCCAAGCAUUCGUUGCUCAUUUGUAUUGGAUUUGGACACAGGCGCUCACCAUGGAGCAAAACCACUCAAUAUAA